AUGGCUCCUUUGCAGCUUUGCAAGGUUACAUUAGCUCUUAUUCUCAUCUUCGGAUCGAUUCCUUGUGGCUUCGGCAUUGCGAUCGGCUUCGGAGACUCAAGGUUCUUCAGUGUCUGCGAUUAUGGAGCCGUUGGUGAUGGCCUCACAGAAGAUACAGGAGCAUUCCUUGAUGCUUGGCAGGCUACGUGUGGCACGCAAUUUGAGAAUCCGACCAUGAUCGUCCCCAAUAAUUUCACAUUUCUGGUACAUCAGCUUACAUUCAGUGGACCAUGCAACACCAAAAACAUCACAUUUCUGGUAUUAGGGAAUAAUAUAAAGGCACCUGCCUCGCCUAGAGCAUGGACAGAUCUCGACCCGAGCUCAUGGAUCACAUUCGGCGGCAUAGAUCAGCUUCAUGCCACUGGUUUUGGUACAAUUGAUGGACAGGGAUCAGAGUGGUGGAAUCAAUCCUGCAGAUACCAUUCACAUUUGGUACAUAAAAAUUUCCAAGUAUGUUUUUCAUUAUACUCGUUUUCUGGUGGCUCGGAUCAAGCAAUGAACUGCAAUUUUUCAGGAAGGAUGCACUUCUCUGGCACUGACACUCCCUGCACGAGCCCCAACACCGAUGGCAUUCACAUUCAAUCCUCGCAGCAUGUGUCCAUCACGAAUAGAGUCAUUGGAACUGGUGAUGAUUGUAUAUCCAUAGGAGACUAUAUUUCGAAUGUUUAUGUCUCAUCUGUCACAUGUGGACCUGGCCAUGGUGUAAGGUGAAGUUUGAUUCUUCAUGCUGUCUCUGUCAAUGUGAUUAUAUGAUGGAAUCAAUCACGACGAAAGGGCGUCGGAUCAUGAACACAAACAUC